GCGAAGCUUGAUUCUGAAUACCUACUUUCUACAAAAGUGGUUUGAAAUAAAUUUGUUAUUUAUUAUUGUACAAUUGUGAAGAUUGUUCAAAAAACUUUUAAGUCUCAUAUUAUUUCGAAUAGUUAUUUUGAAUCACAUCAACACAUGAAUGCAGUCUAAAAUUAUUGUUUUAAAUGGAGGUUUUUCUGCAAUAACAAAAUGAACGACGGUGAUUGGAUUUGCAGCGAUCCGAAUUGUGGAAAUAUAAACUUUUCUCGACGAGUAUCUUGUUAUCGUUGUAAUAAAGAGCGCCCUAAUGGAGCAAAGCCUUCUAAAAGGAAACUUGGAACAGAAAUAGGAAAAUCAGCUGCAGAGAAAUCUCGCGGUUUAUUUAAUGCCGAUGAUUGGCAAUGUAAUAAAUGUGCAAAUGUCAACUGGGCCCGGCGCCCAACUUGUAAUGUUUGUAAUGCACCGAAAUUUGGUGAAGUUGAAGCGCGAACAGGGUAUGGUGGUGGUUACAAUGAGCGUGGAGUUGUAGAAUACCGUAAGAGGGAAGCAUCUUCUGACGACGAAUAUGAUGAAUUCGGAAGAAAGAAACGCAAGCGUAGAAGCGACAUUGCCGACUUUGCUGACACUGUUGGCAUCACUGAAGGACCUGUAUUCAAAAGUUUGCCACCGACAAAGCAGAUCAAGGAGCCAAUUUUGCCAGUACCCCCUGUCGUUAAAACACAGAAGACUAAUAAAGUUAAUGAACCUAAAAGUAGCAGUCUGAGUGAUGGUUCCGUCUGUGAAGUGUCUGUGGUUCCCAGGUUGUCAAUUCAAAAAAAUGCACGAAGUUACAGUUAUAAUAAACAGAAUAUAACACAUCCAUUACCCAAAUCUAAGGGAUUUCAAAGAAAACAUUAUUCAAGUAUAAGCGAUAGGGACCAGUCAGGAUCGUCAAGCCAUGAGGGCAAUGCCAUUAUGGAAAACAGAGUUUCAUCAACAAACAAUGAUAUUGUAUAUAAAUUCUCAGGUCCCACACCCUCUGAAGCAUUUGAAGUAACUUACACUAUUGAGCAACGAGUGGUAGCUGCUGCUCUUGCUAUUGUUCAUAAUAACUGUAAGAUUACAAGUACUAAAUUCGAGAGCAAGUUUGAUAAACCUGCCCCAGAUUUUAAGACAAUCUUUUGUUGGAGGCAAAGACUUAUGAGAACAGGUUGUCUUGUUGACAACCAUACUGAUAAAAGAAAAGAAUCCAUACAAAGGCCAUUGUAUGAUCAUAAAAACCAAGAAAAUAAAAAACAAAAAGCAGUUUCCUAUAAGUUACCUAACCCUGAUGAAAUUUAUAUAUCUUCAGAAAGUGAGCAUGAAGAACCUCCUUACCGUGAAACAAGUAAUAAGGCAGUGCCCUUUUUACAUAACAGGAGUGUUAGUGCUGAAACAUUACUAAUUGACAAUAUGGAUACGGUACGAAACAACACUGCUACUGGUUCUGUGAGUACUGUCGAUGGAAGAGAAGCAACAAGGAGCCAAUCAUCUUCAACACAUAAUCGUACAAGGUCAAGUUCAAGAGAUAGUCGGGAUUCAAACUAUCCUGAAUCAGAUGUUGAGCUUACUGAACAAAAAGAUUCUAAUAUAAGGCAUACUCCAGUUUCUUCAAAAAUUAGCAAACACACAGGUAGUGAUAGUGAUUCAGAGACAUUUUCUUAUAACAGUGAAGAUGUAGACUUUAGGUCGAGAGUUUAUGGUGAAACUAAAAAAAAUAGGAGACGAUUAAAAAGAAAUGUAACCUAUAAAAAUACAUAUGUACCUGACACUCGUCAACCUUUUCAAGGUUAUACUACACAGAAACCAAUUGAAAAAUCUCCUUUGGCUACUGGUAACAUAUAUACACCUAAUUUCCAUAAUAUGAAUUUAAAAACCCAAGUAAAUAGUUCAGGGGAUACAGAUGGUCUGUCAUCAGAAUAUGUACCCACAAUGAUGGCAGCCACAGCUAAAAAACAUUACCAGGAUUUUAAAAAUAAUGUAAAGAAAAAAGGGUUCUGGGCAAAAGGUAAUGGUUCUUUUGUAAAAAAUUCUCCCGCUGUAAUAUCUACACUGAAUUCAGUUGAUUAUUAUGCAAACUAUACAACAUUGCAACAAAAUAACUAUGCAACCAACAAUGACAAGAAUGAUGAUUUCACAAAAGAUGAAUUUGAUAAUAUAAUUCAUGAUAAGAACUAUGUCUUCUUUGGGGAGCCUUUAGGCUCAACACCCAACUCUCAAAAAGAAAUUUCUAAUAAUUCACGCGUUUUUGAUGUAGUCCAAUCAGAUUGUUUCAACAAAAGCAAAAAUAUUAUGGAUAUCUUUAGUACUCAAGAUGACAAUAUAGGAAGAAGUCCUGAGCCAGUCAGUGAUUUAGAUAAGUAUGAUAGUGUAAGAAAAAUGUAUGAAAAUUCAUGGAAUGAAGAUGAUGAUGAUCUCUAUAAAGAUUCUGAUACAGCAGAAUCAAAUAAUAAGGAUAUUAAUCAACCUGAUUCAAAUUCAGAAUUAAAACAAAACCAAAGCCCUACUUCAAAUAUGUUGUAUAAUGAGUCAGAAAAUGAAUUGACGAAUGAGAAAGGACUGAACAAGGAAAACAUUGAUAAACAUUGUGAUAAACUAUUGGACUUGUUAAAAGAUUUACAAAGCAAUGAUAAUAUUGCUCGUCCAAAAAGUAAAGAAAUAUCCAAUAAUUCUACUAGUCAGAUUAAUCAAGAGAACCAUAAUACUUUAGGUUAUCAUUCAGCACCUUCACUAUUCGAUAUUCCAUUGCCUGAGCCAAUAUCAACGGAAAUGUCUACUGAAAUACUUAAAAUUUCACAUGAAUCUCCUGAAAGUAUCUCAAAAAGCAAAAUUAAAAUUAUAAGUCCAUCAAAGAGGGUACAAAUAUUAGAAUCUGUCACAAUAAAGCCAAAAGAUCCUGAUUUUCCAGAAAAUUCUCCAAGAAACACUGAAGAAUUGAACAAAUUUCAGUCUUUUGAAAUGAAAAAUGAUGCAAAAGAAAUUAGAAAAACUCUUCAGAAUGAUGAUAAGAACGACAAGACAGAAGACGUCACCAAUACAGUUCCGCAACUAGAUUUAUCUAACAUACUUUCUAAUAUUAAUACAGAUACACUCUUAUUGGCUCUACAAAAUUUACAACAGAUGUCUCAGCCACAGAAUAAUCCACCAACAGAUAUAGUUGAAAAAAACAUUUCGGAAGGUGAAAAUAAUGUAGAGCAAUCAACGAAUGUUGAAACUAUAAAUUUGACAAAUGAUGAUUGGGAACUUGAAUCAAUCCGACAUGAUAGCAUAGAAAGGGAACUGCGGCAAUUAGAUGGCAACUCUGGUGACACACCUUUUCUAAGUGACAUCUUUGAUCCAGGCCCUGUUACAAUGCCCUUUAAUAUUGACAUAAAAUUUAACAACAACAAAAAUCCUGAUGAUAAAAGUAAAACUCAAAUACCACUUUUAAAUGAAAAUGCACCAGUAAUAGGCAAUUUUAAAAGCUUCGCGCUCCCCAAACCUGUCAUCUUAAAUAGGCUUAAAUUGACAGUUAAACAACCAGAUAGAAAUAAAAAAAGUGCCGAGGGAAAAAGAUCUAAACGCAAGAAAAAGCCCACAACCUCAGCUUCUCAAGAAGGCAAUGCGGUUGAAGAAGACGAAGAGGAAGAAUCGGGAGAUGAAGCUGAUCUAUCCAAAUAUGAUUUGUGGGGCAGUGACGACGAAAAAAAUAACCAAUCCAAAGCUGAAAACGACGAAGAUGAAAAAAAGUCAGAAAAUUCGAAACACUCGGCGGAACCAGUUAAUGAUAGGAAAUCGCCGGUAGAAAGAAGCAGAUCGAGAAGUUCCUCGUCGUCGUCGAGUUCGUCAUCCAGCUCAAGUUCUAGUCACAGUUCAACAAAUACAGAGACGCCGAAAAAUAAGUUCGACGACUUCAACCUGAACAGCGAGCGCGAGUCGCCGAACGGUUCGCCGAAGGGCCGCAAGUCGGGCACGCGCUCCCGCUCGCCGCGCUCGCGCUCCUCCAGCGCGCCCGCCAGGCGCAGGUCGCGCGAUAGCCGCUCCGCUGGCGAGAAUAGAACGUCUCGAGACAAGGAAUGGUCACGUGACCGCGACAGACGGGAUCGGUCUCGCGGAAGCCGGGAAAAGAAGGAGCGUCGGUACAGCCGCGAAGGUUCUGGAAAUCAUUAUGGCGGCCGCGGCAGACAUCGUUAAUACUUAUAUACUAAUUUUAACGGAAGGACUAAACAAACAACUAAAAUCAGCUUAGCGCUAAAACUUCCAAAACCAGAUGGAAUUUUCCACAUCCAGCAAGAUAUUAUCUUCUGACACUUAUGAUUCAAUAGAGCGAGAUAGAUAACACUGUGCAGCGUGUGAUAAGGGCGUAUAUUGGCGCUAGAGGGGGAUAGCUAUAUUGUUAACGCGAAGAGUAUGCCUAGCUUCGAUUUUUUUAUACUGAAAGAUAAAUCACAAAUACGUCAUGUUCUGUGUAAUAACAUGAAGUCAUGGAAAGGUAUUUCUGGUAAAAAAAAUAUAGUAGAUUGUCUUUUACUUAUGGGCUUUCUUAAAUAAUGGACUCGAAAGAAGUGGUUUACGCGAUGCCACGUUUGUGUCAAAACAUCAACGGUUAUUUUAUACUAUAACAUUCUUAUUCACCCGAAUACGAUAUAAAAAAUUAAUACUAAGAAUAAAAAUAUCUUACAAAACACAGAGAUUCUAAAAAUAUAUAUUCUGAAAUCUGUCGCUUUUUGCCACGUUUUUUUUCCACAUAAUAUUAAAGUAGAUAAAGUUAAAUUUAAUAACUCAAAAUGAUUUAACAAGUAAAUUUUUUCUAGUGCAAAUUUAAACAACAUUAGUGUAUAGCUAAUAUAUAUGCAUACAAUAUGAAAAAUAUGUAUGUACUUAGUUAUAUCUUAAAAAAUCAUCUUUUUCUAGUGAAUGAAUAUAAUUUUAUUUUUCACAGUAAUAAUAAUUUAUUAUAAGAGCAGGGAAUUUAAUGGUUGAAACUUGGAAGAUCUUGUACAGUAUUUAAUCGGAAAGAUAUUGUCCCCUAGUUGUUGCUAGAUCGUAUAAGUUUAGUGGGCUAAGAUAGGGGACAAGUUAUUAGGGAAAUAACCGCGUGGUUAAAUUCAAUGAAAAAAAAAAGUUUUUGUGCACAAUUUUCAAAUAAAGGAAAUUUAUCGUCGUAGCAUUGAAAUAAGUUCAUAAAUUUUCCCCUUAUUUUAGCUUAUUUUGUCCUCAGUCUUAGCCAUUUUAGUAAUAUACUAUUAAUAUGUUUGUAUUGUUUAUUGAUAUGUAUAUAACUCUGAAUAUUGUAGAACUAAGUUGGUAAAACUAUAGGAAUUUGAGUUUAUAUUUUUUACAUGCUUCUAUUAUUAUUAGAGCUUAGUUAUAUGCUUUCAGUCCCUCGCACUAUUAUUUUUAUAAUGCUAACAUGUGAUUUAUGCUCCUUAUAUAAUGUAAAUAUAUAAUAGGUUUAGUUUUAAGUAAUUUCAAUGUAUUUGUUUUACAUACAUGUAUACUUGCAUACAUACAUACAGGUAUACUUGCAAAAAGACGAUUGUGUUAUUUUCUGUUCCGAACAUUACCAUCUAAUAGGUUUUAAGUUGAAAAUGUAUGGUAAUUGAUUUACCAAUAAAUCAAAAUAAACCAGA